AUAGAUGAAAUAAGCAAAUUGAAAGUAGCAACUGGAACAGGCUAGUUAGUAUAUACUGAAAUUCUUUGAAAACCGAGGCUUUUAAGGCCAAACGUUAUUUAGUAAGCAGAGUAAACUUGAGUGAACUUUUUUCUAAGUAAGCGAUGUUGAAUUUUUUCCAACUCCAGUUAUAAAGACUUGAACGGUAGUGCCCCUGACCGUUUUGAUUCGGUGACGGUGGAAUUUGGAAACCAGCAGACCUCGCUGCCCAAACACGAACAUCGCAUCUCAACUUACUGUCCUUGUCGAGAAGACCCCACUGGGGAAUACCGCUGCUCCCCUCGCUCGGGAUGUGCCACUUACAUGUGACAUUCGUCCCUACACUUUUUAAGGUUGUUUUUUAUUAGUUCUACAACCUCCAAAACAUUAGAAUCGCCGACACUUAAAGGAGGUGGAGACAACGACACAUCGUCGAGAGGCCCUCCUUCUCCUGCAACACUCCCAGAUUAAGGAAAGUGUCUCGUGCCACUUGAGACCCCCUUUACACCGGACUUUAAAGUGGAGCUUAUGCGGGACGUCGUCAUGAGGAGCUGCCGUUAUGAGUCUUCCAUGUCACCGGCGGAAUAUUCGCUGUCUUCUCACAUAGGGAUGUACUCGAAUCAACAGGCAACAAACUGUAUGUCCUCUAUAGACAACGGGAACUACUGUCGAGGAUCACCCGAGAAUCACGGCUCCUAUAGUCAUGUAGCAAGAGCUUGGCACGGUGAAGGCUGUAAUCGUGGAAAGGCAGAGUUCGACAUUACAUCGAUGCCCCGACCUUCUCUAGUCCAGACUUGUAGCAGUUUUCGUGACAAUCCGCCUCCGGUUGGGGUUUCUGUACACUACAAGAGUCAACAGGAAUUGGGAAUAAGGCAGAGCGAAGCCAACUUUCAUAUGCCAAGGAAUUACAACGUCUUUUCACGCUCCACUGAAGGGAAGUCAGAUUCAGACGGUGUCAGGAGGUCAUUUCCUUCGGCAGAACCUAUUAGUACAUCUCUUCCUUCAAGGCCCGCUCCACAUCAGGAAUCCAGCUCUGCCCCGUCCAACAUUCCUAGUCCGGAAGGGGUCACUGGUCGCAAGGAAGGGUCUCACUCCAAUGGUCAUCCUAUAGAUGAGGACAUGGAAGAGCACGUGCCUCAUGUACUCGCUCCUCCGUUCCACGGACACGCCCCCAGAAGGUGUCUUCUUUGGGCCUGCAAGGCCUGUAAAAGAAAGACUGUAACGAUAGAUCGACGAAAAGCUGCAACGAUGAGAGAAAGGCGACGACUACAAAAGGUAAACGAAGCUUUCGAAACUUUGAAACGAAGAACUUGCGCCAAUCCAAAUCAGCGCCUUCCUAAAGUAGAAAUCCUUCGGAAUGCGAUCGAGUAUAUCGAGAGCCUGGAGGAACUGCUUCACGGGACACCAGGCAUUCAAAAGCCAGGGAAAAGGAAGCUUCACAGGGAUUCUGACUCUGCAAGCUGCGGUAGCGACUAUUCGACCAUAAACAGUCCUCCCUACCUGAAUGAGAGACUUCAUCAUUUUGGAGAAGCAAAUGGAAUUUUGCCAAUUACAGGUGGCGAACAACAAUCGUCUUCAGUAUCCAGUCUUGAUUGCUUGUCUCUAAUCGUGGAAAGCAUCAGUCCCACUUCCGGUAGCCUUAUCAAGACCGUCACUAUGGAAACGGAUCGUCCCGUGUAGCAGAGAAAAUUCAGAUUGCUUGGUUGUAUUUCACAGUAUUCACUAUAUUGGACUUACCAAGCAAGAAAAAUAUGUUAUCAGACUCGAGAAAAAAAAAUGUUGGUUGUUUUAAAAAUUACAAAUGUUAUGAAGUAUCCUAUUCAACUUCUUUAUGAGCGACGGUUGAAUUUAGUUUCCUUCGGUUUUUAUUAACGGGCUCAUAUUGUCCCAUACAUAGUGGGAUCUUUGUUCUUUUUUUUCAGACAUUUGUGGAAUAAGAUUUUUUUCAGUGACGAAUGCCUAUGUGAAUUAGGCUGAAAAAUUUUCAUCCGUAUGAUGGGAAAUACAUUUUUCAAAUGGAACAAAAUGAUCUCAACAGUGUCCUGGUGAAAAUUGAAAGGAAAAAUCGUUCACCAAUUAUAGAAGAGGGAGUUUUUGUUGCAACCAUUAUCUGUGCAGUCGAGUGCCAUUUGAUGGAUGUAUUACUGAGGGUUGACAUAUCUGGACUUGCAAUGGUGAAGAUCAUAAAAAAAAAAUGUGGUGUUAUUUUGCGUUGUGAAAUGCACUACUUAAUCGUGCGGACUUAGAUGUGUUUGAAAUUUAUCUUUGAUUUAAUAUUUUCUUGAGAAACCUAGAAAUAAUUAAGUGUCAAAUGUGAGUACAAAUAAACACAAGAUCUGAACAACACGAGAUUAAAUGUAGCUUUUGUUAAAUAAGAAUCGUGAAAGCCAGUGAUUUCAUUUUCUGAACUGUAAUAUCUUACGUUUUCAGCCCAAAAGCUUUACUAAUAAAAAUUAAUCAUCACGAUCUAAGCAGUAAGUCAGUUCUGAAAGCCUAAAUGUUGUUUUCCACAAUCAGUUGUAUUGUUCGUUAUUUUCAUUUGUGAUGAUAGUUGGAGAAAGGUUUGCCUUUUCUCUACAUGGUGCUCUUCUCGAUGGAACCAACGGACAGUUUGAUGUUUGUUUAAUAUAUCUGUCACCUUAGAGCCAAUCUUUGUAAAUAUCCUAUUUUAACAGCUAUAGUUACUUAAAGGCACGAGAUCCUUUUUUCUGCUUUUGUUUUGCUGACCGCCUUUACACAUCGUAGAUUGAUAAGUGUCUUCUGAACUGUAUAGUAAAAUCAUGAUAAAUAAAGACCAAACUGGUGCUUUAUGAAACAUUUCAGUACCAUUCUGUGUACAACAAUGCUCAGUAGAAGUGCAAUAAAUCGUAUACUUUUAAAUCAGUA